CCUGCCGCCUAAGGGUGAUCAUAACAAUAACAACGUGCACGCCCGACCGCUUGACUGGCUCUGUGUGAGGAGCAAAUCCUUUUCUGUACCAAAGAAAUGGUGAUGGAGAAGCCAAGUCCCCUGCUUGUAGGGGGGGAGUUCGUGAGACAGUAUUACACACUUCUAAACAAAGCUCCAGACUUUUUGCACAGGUUUUAUGGAAGAAAUUCUUUGUAUGUUGAUGGUGGACUGGAUGCUAGUGGGAAGCCCCAGGAUGCAGUUUAUGGGCAAGCAGAAAUUCACAAAAAGGUUAUGUCCCUCCAAAUCAGCGAAUGUCGCACAACAAUUAGACAUGUAGAUGCACAUGCUACUUUGAGUGAUGGCGUUGUUGUGCAAGUCAUGGGUGAACUGUCAAAUAAUGGACAACCAAUGAGAAAGUUUAUGCAAACCUUUGUUCUUGCUCCAGAAGGGUCUGUUCCAAACAAAUUGUAUGUUCAUAAUGACUUCUUCCGCUAUGAGGAUGAGGUUUUUGGUGAUUCAGAAGCAGAACUGGAUGAAGAAUCUGAAGAAGAAGUAGAAGAAGAACAAGAGGAAAGGCAGCCAUCCCCAGAACCAGUACAAGAGAACACAAACUCCUCUUACUAUGAUGCUCACGCUGUCACCAAUGGCAUAGAAGAAACUUUGGAAGAACCAAUCGUUGAGCCUGAGCCUGAACCAGAAUUAAAAAGUGAGGAGCUAAAACCAGAGACUGAAGAGAAAAGCUUUGAGGAGCCAGAGGAAAAACCACCAACACCACCACCUGUAGAGCCAAUCACUUUGCCCCAAGAGCCACCAAAGGCUUUUUCCUGGGCGUCAGUGACCAGUAAAAACCAUCCUCCAAGUGGUACUGUCCCAUCAUCAGGAAUUUCACCCCAUGUAAUUAAAGCUCCAGCCUCACAGGUAAGAACUGAAAAUAAGCCUGAUGCACAAGCUCAGUCCCCUCGUGUGAGAGAUCAGCGCCCUCCAGACAGACCAAGUUUUCAACCAAGAGGCCCAAGACCAGGUCGUGAUUCAGAACAAGGAGAAUCUGAAAAUAGACGCAUGUUUCGCUACCCAGAUAGUCAUCAGCUUUUUGUGGGAAAUUUACCACAUGAUAUUGAUGAAAGUGAACUGAAGGAGUUUUUCAUGAGUUAUGGAAAUGUAAUGGAACUAAGAAUCAAUACCAAAGGUGUUGGAGGAAAAUUGCCAAACUUUGGCUUUGUGGUUUUUGAUGACUCGGAACCAGUCCAGUGGAUUUUACUUGCAAAACCAAUAAUGUUUCGUGGAGAAGUGCGUUUGAAUGUUGAAGAGAAGAAAACAAGAGCCGCACGUGAGAGGGAAACUCGUGGAGAUGAUCGGAGAGAUGUACGCCAUAAUGAUAGGGGACCAGGGGGCCCUCGUGGCAUAAUUGGUGGAGGAAUGAUGCGUGAAAGGGAUAGGAGAGGUCCCCCACCUCGAGGUGGAAUGGCGCAAAAGAUAGGAACUGGAAGAGGAACCACACCCAUGGAAGGCCGUUUCACAGCUCAACGCCGCUGAAAUGUUAUUAAAACAAAGUCAAGCCUACUUGACACAUUAA